CCCCGCGCCCGCGCCCCGCGCUCCGCCGCCGCUCCCCGCCGCCGCCGCUCCCCGCCGCCGCCGCCGCCGCCGCCGCCGCGCUGCAGGACUGGCUAUGGCCACCACUACUUCCGGGUUCCGUCACUUCAUUCUCCCGCCGAUCAGCGCUGCAAAACUGAGCCUCUUCUAUAAGGCAGCCAGCAGCCAACCUGCCAACACUUACUGACACUCACUCAUCUCAGAGAGCGAGAGAGAGAGGGAGACAAAAUACCUACCGGGAGGAGGAAAAAAAAAAAAAAAGAGAGAGGGGGAAGUCCGGGCUUUGCAAACUAUUCAAUUUUUCUUCGCAUCUUUCCCCAUCCCCCUUCACAGUACUUAAAAAAAAAAAAAAAAGAAAAAACAAACAAACAACAACAAAAACCAGCCCUAUAGCGAUCCUAAAAGGCAAAACCCGAGCGCGGAGUUACUGGAAGAAGAAACCGGGGUUAAAAAGAUUCCUCCUCUCUUCUUCAUCAUCAUCAACCAUCAUUCAUUCACUACCUUGACAUUCCCUGGCUUUGAUUGACAGCUGGAGUGGCAAAAAGCCAUGAGACACGACAGUUUGGUUACAUGUGGGUUGCUGACGGGCCGAUCGUAACCUUCAGUUUGGGGGCUUGACAAUUUUUUUUUUUUUUUUUUCUGUAGAGAAAGAAAAAAGGAAAAAGAGAGAGAGAAAAAGGAAAGAGAGAGAGAAAAAAGAAGAAAACACAGAAACUCAUCGUGGUUCUUGACUGUUUUUUAUAUAUUGUUGUUGUUGUUAUUGUUGUUAUUAUUAUUAUUUACCCAUAUUGGAGGAUAGGAGAAGUCUAUAAGUGGGUUGCAAAAAAAAAAAAAAAAAGGAAUCUUCUUCACUCUAAAUCACUUUCUUUGCUGGACUGGGAUAUUAAAUAUACGACACAUCCAGGAGUUUAUUGGAGCGCAGACUGAUGGCGCAAAGGUACGAUGAGCUGCCCCACUACGGCGGGAUGGACGGAGUAGGGGUGCCGGCGUCCAUGUACGGGGACCCCCACGCCCCCCGGCCGAUCCCCCCGGUGCACCACCUCAACCAUGGGCCGCCGCUCCACGCCGGACAGCACUACGGCGCCCACGCCCCGCACCCCAAUGUCAUGCCGGCCAGCAUGGGCUCCGCUGUCAACGACGCCCUGAAGCGGGACAAGGAUGCGAUCUACGGGCACCCGUUGUUCCCCCUCCUAGCUCUGGUCUUUGAGAAGUGCGAGCUGGCGACCUGCACGCCCCGGGAGCCCGGCGUGGCCGGCGGGGACGUCUGCUCCUCCGACUCCUUCAACGAGGACAUCGCCGUCUUCGCCAAACAGGUCCGCGCUGAAAAACCACUUUUUUCUUCAAAUCCAGAGUUGGACAAUUUGAUGAUUCAAGCAAUACAAGUACUAAGGUUUCAUCUUUUGGAAUUAGAAAAGGUUCAUGAAUUGUGCGAUAACUUCUGCCAUCGGUACAUUAGUUGUUUGAAAGGAAAAAUGCCAAUAGACCUCGUUAUUGAUGAAAGGGAUGGCAGCUCCAAAUCAGACCACGAAGAACUCUCAGGAUCUUCCACAAAUUUAGCUGAUCAUAAUCCUUCAUCUUGGAGAGACCACGAUGAUGCAACCUCAACGCACUCGGCAGGCACACCGGGGCCCUCCAGUGGGGGCCACGCUUCCCAGAGCGGAGACAACAGCAGCGAGCAAGACUGCCAGCCAAAUGAACACUUUAGGAGGAGGUGCAUAUAUAUGUCUGCAGCACCCAGCGGGUUAAUCCACCCUACUGUGCAUAGGUGUUGGAGCUCUUAUGGAGAUGGUUUAGACAACAGUGUAGCCUCACCUGGUACAGGGGAUGACGAUGACCCAGACAAGGACAAAAAACGUCAGAAGAAAAGAGGCAUAUUCCCCAAAGUAGCAACAAAUAUCAUGAGAGCGUGGCUUUUCCAGCAUCUCACACAUCCAUAUCCUUCAGAGGAGCAGAAGAAACAGUUAGCCCAAGACACAGGACUCACAAUUCUACAAGUAAACAACUGGUUUAUUAAUGCCAGAAGAAGAAUAGUACAGCCUAUGAUUGACCAGUCAAAUCGAGCAGGUUUUCUUCUUGAUCCUUCAGUGAGCCAAGGAGCAGCGUAUAGUCCAGAGGGUCAGCCGAUGGGAAGCUUUGUGUUGGAUGGGCAGCAGCACAUGGGAAUCCGACCUGCAGGACCUAUGAGUGGAAUGGGCAUGAAUAUGGGCAUGGAUGGGCAAUGGCACUACAUGUAACCUUCAUCUUGUAAACCAAUCGCAAAGCAAGGGGGAAGUUUGCAAGGCAUGCCAGGGGACUACGUAUCUCAGGGUGGUCCUAUGGGUAUGAGUAUGGCACAGCCAAGUUACACUCCUCCCCAGAUGACCCCACACCCUACUCAAUUAAGACAUGGACCCCCAAUCCAUUCAUAUUUGCCAAGUCACCCCCAUCGCCCAGCCAUGAUGAUGCACGGAGGACCCCCUACCCACCCUGGAAUGACCAUGUCAGCACAGAGCCCCACAAUGUUAAAUUCUGUAGACCCCAGUGUUGGUGGACAGGUUAUGGACAUUCAUGCCCAAUAGUAUAAGGGAACUCAAGGGAAAAACAAAUACAAACAAAAAACAAAAACUAUUUUAAGACUUUUGAACUUUGACCAGAUGUUGACACUUAAUACAAAAUUCCAGACAGCUGUGAUUAUUUUUUACUUUUUUGUCAUUUUUCAUCAGCAACAGAGGACCAACGAACCAAGAACACAAAUGUGAAAUCAUGGGCUCACUGAAAUGAAUAUGUCCAUGUACAGAUCCUCUGGAAAAAAAAAAAAAAAAAAAAGACUCCAAGAGUUAUAACUACUGUAGUAUAAACAUAGGAACUAAGUUAACUUGUACAUUUCUGUUGAUCACUCCGUUACGUUGCCUCAAAUAGUUUUAGAAGAAAAAAAAAUCCUUGUUUUCCACACUAUGUGUGUUGUUCCCAAAAGAAUGACUGUUUUGGUUCAGCAGUGAAGUCACUAUCCAUGAAAGACCUGUUUUGGCCAGUGAGAAAAGAACUACCUUGGAGAUGAAGACGAAAAGUCUUGCUGGGUCUCUCAUCACUCAGAAGACUGUUCCAAGAAGGCCUUGCCAUUCCCUCGUUUUGUUCCUUCAUAAAAUGUGUCCUUUAGUUUCAAACAGAUCUUUAUAGUUUGUGCUUCAUUAAGUCUCUCCCAAUUCCCCCCCAGUCUAUUUUUUUGGACUCUUCAAAGAGCUUGCAGGUGAAGAUUUAAAAGACAAAACAGACAGAGCAGGAGCUUCUUCCGGUAGUUCUGAGCCUUGGCUUUGGACAAAACAAAACUUAAAAGUUGGGCAGCUUUCCUCAAUGAAAGAAGUUACUAACGGUCUUUGCACCAAACCUAGGACUUUAUCAUGAACUCAAAGCUUGGAAAAAAAAAGCAAGAGAAUACUGUAACAAACUUCGUACAGAGUUCGGUCUAUUAAUUGUUUCAUGUUAGAUAUUCUAUGUGUUUACCUCAAUUGAAAAAAAAAAAAGAAUGUUUUUGCUAGUAUCAGAUCUGCUGUGGAAUUGGUAUUGUAUGUCCAUGAAUUCUUCCUUUCUCAGCACGUGUUCCUCACUAGAAGAAAAUGCUGUUACCUUUAAGCUUUGUCAAAAUUUACAUUAAAAUACUUGUAUGAGGACUGUGACGUUAUGUUUUAAAAAGAAAAAAAAAGGUGUUAAGUCACAAAAUACGGUAAUAAAUAUUUCAUUUUUGAUUUUU